AUUGGAUCAUACCAAUGGCAACUAUAGAUGGAAGACCGGCAAAAUAUGGCAUUUCUCUUAAACAGUUACGUGAGCUCAUGGAGCAUCGCGGACGUGAAGGUGUAACAAAGAUUGGGGAGUUCGGUGGUAUUCACGAACUGUGCAAAAAGUUAUACACAUCUCCCAAUGAAGGCUUAAGCGGAUCCAAAGCAGAUGAGGAACAUAGACGUGACACAUUUGGUUCUAAUAUAAUACCACCAAAACCACCAAAAACAUUUCUUACUCUAGUCUGGGAGGCACUUCAAGAUGUAACUCUUAUCAUCUUAGAGGUCGCAGCCCUCGUAUCACUUGGCCUAUCAUUUUAUAAGCCCGCCGAUGAAGAUGCACCUGUGCUCCAAGAGGAGGAGGAACACCAUGGAUGGAUUGAGGGACUGGCAAUUCUUAUUUCAGUUAUAGUCGUAGUGAUAGUAACAGCUUUUAAUGAUUACUCAAAGGAACGUCAAUUUCGUGGUCUACAAAGCCGAAUUGAAGGCGAACACAAGUUUUCAGUCAUUCGAGGCGGGGAGGUGUGCCAAAUUUCUGUUGGAGAUAUACUUGUUGGCGAUAUUGCCCAGAUUAAAUAUGGAGAUUUAUUGCCAGCCGAUGGGUGUCUUAUUCAAAGUAAUGAUUUAAAGGUAGAUGAAUCUUCUUUAACUGGCGAAUCAGACCAUGUAAAAAAAGGAACAGAUGUGGAUCCUAUGGUUUUAUCAGGCACCCAUGUAAUGGAGGGAAGCGGUAAAAUGGUGGUUACAGCCGUCGGUGUAAAUUCUCAAGCCGGUAUCAUCUUCACACUUCUUGGUGCAGCAGUUGAUGAACAGGAAGCCGAAAUUAAAAAAAUGAAAAAAGAAGCUAAGAAGGCGAGCAAGCAAAAGAGCUUGACAGGUGAAAGCUCCCAUAUAAAAAAUACGCAAGCUCCACAACCUAUUAUCAGUGAAGGAACAAAGUCGGAAUCUGAUGGAAAUCAUAUACCUCAAUCUUCAUCUUCUGCAGUUACUGAAGCAGGGCAUAAGAAAGAGAAAUCUGUGCUGCAAGCUAAAUUAACAAAAUUAGCUAUACAAAUUGGAUAUGCAGGAUCCACAAUUGCCGUACUUACUGUUAUAAUUUUGAUUAUUCAGUUCUGUAUUAAAACUUUCGUAAUUGACGAUAAACCAUGGAAGAACACAUAUGCUAAUAACUUGGUGAAACAUUUGAUAAUUGGAGUCACAGUGUUAGUAGUAGCUGUACCCGAAGGACUUCCGCUGGCCGUUACACUAUCACUUGCAUACUCAGUAAAGAAAAUGAUGAAGGAUAAUAAUCUGGUUAGACAUUUGGAUGCAUGCGAAACCAUGGGUAAUGCCACUGCCAUUUGUUCUGAUAAAACGGGCACACUUACAACCAACCGUAUGACUGUGGUACAAUCAUAUAUCUGCGAAAAACUUUGUAAGGUUUUGCCAACUCUUACGGAUAUACCACAACAUGUGGGUAAUUUAAUAACAAUGGGAAUAUCUGUAAACUCAGCUUACACUUCCAACAUUAUGCCUGGACAAAACGCGGGAGAUCUACCAAUCCAAGUCGGCAACAAAACAGAAUGUGCGCUGCUAGGAUUUGUUCAGGGAUUAGGUGUUAAAUACCAGUCCAUUCGUGACGAAAUUCCUGAGGAUAAGUUUACGCGCGUCUAUACUUUCAACUCUGUACGCAAAAGUAUGGGCACUGUUAUACGGCGUCCUAACGGGGGAUUUCGAUUGUACACCAAAGGAGCAUCAGAAAUAAUUAUGAAAAAGUGCGCUUUUAUCUAUGGGCAUGAGGGAACAUUGGAGACUUUUACAAAAGACAUGCAGGAACGAUUAAUUCGUGAAGUUAUUGAGCCCAUGGCAUGUGAUGGUCUUCGGACCAUAUCUGUAGCCUAUCGCGACUUUGUGCCUGGAAAAGCUGCAGUUAAUGAAGUACACAUUGAUGGAGAACCAAACUGGGAUGAUGAAGAGAACAUUAUGACUAAUCUUACUUGCCUUUGUGUCGUUGGAAUAGAAGAUCCCGUGCGUCCUGAAGUUCCAGAUGCAAUUCGAAAGUGCCAACGUGCUGGUAUUACUGUGCGCAUGGUUACUGGAGACAACAUUAACACAGCACGCUCAAUUGCUAGUAAAUGUGGCAUUCUUCGUCCUAAUGAUGACUUUCUUAUUUUAGAGGGCAAAGAAUUCAAUCGACGUAUCCGGGAUAGCAAUGGAGAUAUUCAACAACAUCUUAUAGACAAAGUGUGGCCCAAACUUCGUGUAUUAGCUCGUUCAUCUCCAACUGACAAAUAUACAUUAGUGAAAGGUAUUAUUGAUAGCACUGUUAGCGAAAACCGUGAAGUGGUUGCUGUUACUGGCGACGGAACCAAUGACGGCCCAGCUCUUAAAAAAGCCGAUGUAGGAUUCGCCAUGGGAAUUGCCGGGACAGACGUAGCGAAGGAAGCGUCCGAUAUUAUACUAACCGAUGAUAACUUUAGCAGCAUUGUUAAAGCUGUAAUGUGGGGAAGGAAUGUUUAUGACUCCAUAGCAAAGUUCUUGCAGUUUCAGUUAACUGUUAACGUGGUUGCUGUAAUUGUUGCAUUUAUAGGAGCAUGUGCCGUGCAGGAUUCGCCUCUUAAAGCAGUGCAAAUGUUGUGGGUCAACCUAAUAAUGGAUACUUUGGCAUCGCUAGCAUUAGCUACGGAACUACCCACUCCGGAUCUUUUGCUUCGAAAGCCAUAUGGCCGUACCAAGCCUUUGAUUUCACGCACAAUGAUGAAAAACAUUCUUGGGCAAGCACUUUACCAGUUGGUUAUUAUAUUUGGAUUGUUGUUUGUCGGUGAUUUAAUACUUGAUAUUGAGUCAGGACGCGGACAAGAGCUCAAUGCAGGACCAACACAGCAUUUUACUAUUAUAUUUAACACAUUUGUCAUGAUGACGUUGUUUAAUGAAAUAAAUGCUAGAAAAAUACAUGGUCAACGAAACGUUAUUGAAGGGUUGUUUACAAAUCCUAUAUUCUACACAAUAUGGAUAUUUACGAUGAUAUCGCAGGUAUUGAUAAUUCAAUAUGGAAAAAUGGCGUUUUCUACAAAAGCUCUUACACUAGAUCAAUGGCUUUGGUGUAUAUUUUUUGGAAUUGGUACACUUGUAUGGGGGCAGCUGAUUACCUCUGUACCUACAAGAAAAUUACCUAAGAUACUAUCAUGGGGUCGUGGCCAUCCUGAAGAAUACACAGACGCAAUGAACUUAGGCGAGGAGCGUUUUGAUUCCAUUGAUUCCGAUAAGAAGCCUAGAGCUGGUCAAAUUCUUUGGAUUCGAGGUCUUACCCGUUUGCAAACCCAACCAGCGGAUCAAAUACGGGAGACCCCAGUGUAAUUAAAAUUGUAAUAAAAUUAAAUAUAAAUAAAUAUUAUGAAAUAACAAAGCUGUUUCAUUUCAAAUUUUUAAUUUUUUUUGAAUGAAAUUAAAUAUGUUUAGCAAUUUUUAUAGAAUUAAAAAAAAAAUCGCAUUAAUCGGUUAUGUGUUCAAAGUAUUUUAUUAAGUUUCUGCUUUUUAUAACAAUAUAUUAUAUAUUAUAGAAGGUAAAAAAAGGCGAGCUACCAUUUUGAACAGUCUAUGACAAUAUUCGUAUUUUGAAAUAAAAUAAUAAUAAAGAAAUAAACAAUCAUUUUUCAAAAGAAUAAAAUUCUCCAAGAAACAUUUAGAACCCAUACAGACGACCUAUUAAUUUCUAGUAAAAUAAUUAUAUAAUGAAAUAAAUUAAUCUUUAACUUUUAUAACGGACAUAACUGUUAAAUUACUAAAUUCAUUCGGCAAAAUGUGUCAACAUAAACAUCAAUAGUUAUCAUAAUUUUGAACUACUCAAACAAAAAACGCCAACAACAACAACAAAAUGUAUGUUUUUAUAUAAUGUAUACUAUACUAUCAUUUAAUACGUAAUGUACGACAUACGUACGUACGUAAUGAUAAACCCUUUUCAUUAUUUUGUACUUGACUAAACCAAGUUUAAUUCCUGCACUUAAAUAAAUAUUAUAUUUCAAAACAUAUUUGCGCAUUUCUUUAAAAAAGUUUUAUUAUUUUUUGAUCCGUAAAAACUAAAUUGAUCGCGGGUAACAAAAAAUAAUUAUAUUUAUUUUUGGCUUAUAGAGCCAUAUUUUAUGCUAAUGAAUAUAUGUAAAUCCUAUUAUAUUGUAAUACAAAAUAAAAACCAUGAAAGAUAGAGAC